CCAGUCCUAUAUUUUACCUUCUGCAGAUGAUACAAAUUCCUUCAACGUAUAUUCCCAGAAAAAUUAUCUCUCUGAGCAAAAACCCUAGAAAAUCCUAAUCUCAUCGAUCAAAGCAAGACGAUGACUGGUCCCAACACUGUUUCUGGUGAUGAACAUCGUUCGGACAUUGACGAGAGCAAAGUCAAAGCACCGAACAUGUUCGAACGAGCCAAAGAGGAGAUCGAUGCUGUUAUUGGUGCUAUUCAUCAACGCAAGAGUUCCAGGGACGAAUCUGACAAGAUGGAAAUCAAAUCCGAGGAGAAACCGAAUGUGAUGAGAAGGGCCAAGGAAGAAAUCAAAUCUCUCUUCCAUUCCAAGGAGAAACCUCAUCGCCAUCAUCAUCAUCAUCACCACAAAGAAACUCAUGGAAGGAGUGAUGAUAUUGACGAGAACACGCCUGUUAACGAAGUGAAGGCUCCCAAUGUUUUCGAGAGAGCCAAGGAAGAGAUCGAGGCCGUCGUUGAAACCAUUCAUCCCAGGAAGAAUGAGGCUGGCGGUUCUGAUUCUCCUAAGCGUUCUCCCUCUGUCUCACCUGACAAGGAAAGAGCUGGACUCGGAUGCUCUCUUGGGAAGGGGCUGGAAAAGAUUUGUUCUCCUUGGGGUAGUAAUAAAAAAGACUGAAUCAUUCAUAUGAUUGAUUGAUGAUCAUGAACUUGUUUGCUAGCUGUUGUGAUAAGAUUUGGUUUGAGUUUUCAGUGAGUUUGUUGAUUUUGCAAGUACUCUGAAAUGUUACCUUAACAGACCAAAUCUUGUUUUAUUUUAUGUUUCAGUCUUAACUUGUUUUAUAGA